UUCAACCUUACUCCUCAAACUACUCCUUGUUGGAAACUUUCCCUCCUUGGCCUCCAUUUCCUUGUUUGCUCAUCACAUACCUCAGUCCCAUUAAGUGUUCCAGCAAGACAGUGACAAUAGUCUGAUUUUUAUUUUAUUUUUUUCCCCCUUUGGUGUCGUUGUCAUUGGUGAAAAGGUCGUUUUACUCCACUUAUCGUCAACGUCGAGUGGCCUUUUAUUUUUUUUUGGUUUCCCGGCUGCAGCGUCACACUUCCUGAAAGUGAGGGUGGGGGAAACAACUGCAGGAGUCAUAGUAUCACUGUUGAUUUCUGACUACAAAUAACGUAUUUUUAUUUUAUUUUUGUUCAUCUAUCUACACCAGUGACAUAUAGGGGCAGGGAGAACAAUUAAAUUGUAUUAUUUCAUUGCCUCACCCAAGAAGAAUCGAUAAGAGAAUCGAAAAAGAAAUAGAUCGAUAACGGUAGCAAUAAUGAAAUCGGAAUUACUGCAUUUUUAUCAAUUCCCAAUCCCUCCAGACGGCAUUCACUCUCACAUUCGCACCUUCAUGUUGUUUCGAUGGGACAUUGUGUGUUCAUUUGUGAAAACAAUGAGUUUAUUCUAUUUCAAAAUUAAAGCUCUAACAUAACAAAAUGUGAAACAAAUUAAACACUCAGAAAUACCUUCUGGGAAACACAAGGGAACUAAACUAGUGAGGGUCAUAGUAGACAGGGAAGUUGUCCUCAUCCUUACAUUUGCUCCGGGUCGUAUCUUGGAACCCGACUCUACCGCAGCCCCAUCCUCCCUCGCUUCCACCCCAGGUAGGCUUUCAUCACACCGGCUUCAGUUACCUCCCACUCACAGUACAAGCCAAACCGGGACUGUCGAGCACAAUCUCCUUGCCUGGAUCCGACUCUCCACAUCCCGUUUGGGAUGGAGCCCGACAGCACGGAACCAGGCCACAUCAUCCACAUGCUGCCCUUCCAAGCAGUGGCGGGUCAGUUCGGUCCAGAGGUCCGAGUGCCGGGCCUGCGCGUGUGGAGGGUGGAGAAGAUGAAGGCGGUCCCGCUGCCUCAAUCCGAGGUGGGGGUGUUCUACAACGGCGACUCCUACCUGGUGCUGGAGAACCGCGGCGAACCGGGAGCCGACCUGCACAUGUGGAUAGGUGCGAAGUCGUCACGCGACGAGCAGGUGGCGUGCGCCAUGCUGGCCAUCCAGCUCGACAACUCCCUGGGCGGAGACCCCGUUCAGCACAGGCAGGUCCAGGGUUACGAGUCCCACGAGUUCAUGGCGCUCUUCCCCAGAGGUGUCACCUAUAAGGACGGAGGUGUGGAGUCGGGGUUCCGAAGGCCUCGGGGCUCGGGAACGGCGGUGCAGCGCUUGUACCAGAUUAAAGGGAAACGCAACAUCCGCGCCAAGGAGGUGGAGCUGUCCUGGAAGAGCUUCAACAAGGGCGACUGCUUCAUCCUGGACCUCGGAGAGGUCAUCGUGCCCUGGAUCGGCUCGCAGGCCAACGUCUUUGAGAAACAGAAAACGCGGGAGAUCGCCUCGCUGAUCCGAGACGCGGACAGACACGGUAAAGCUCGCAUCGUGGACUCGAGCGAGGGGGAGGAGCCCGCCGAAAUGCUUCAGAUUUUGGGUCCCAAGCCCGAGUUGCCCGAAAGCACGGCGGAGGAGGACAGCAAGGCCGACGCCUCCAACGCGGCCUCCCUCUACAAGGUAUCCGAUGCGACCGGCGCCAUGUCACUGAGCAAAGUUGAGGCGAAGAGUCCGUUUGCCAAGGAGCUGCUGCUUCGGGACGACUGUUUCAUUCUGGAUAACGGCGCCAACGGCAAGAUUUUCGUCUGGAAAGGUGUCGGGGCCAACGCCAAGGAGAAGCAGGCGGCGCUGCAGAUGGCGGACAAGUUCAUCGAGCAAAUGAGCUACCCCAAGAUGAAAACGCAGGUGGAGAUCCUGCCACAGGGGAAGGAAACCGUCAUGUUCAAGCAGUUUUUCAAGAGCUGGAACUAACGGAAGUGGGGGGGGGGGGGGGGAAUUUUGAUUAAAAUGUACAUAACACACAAC